UUAAAUUUUCUGUCUCAGUGACUCGUUUUCUCUCUGCUUCAACUUCUCAUAGCCGGAUUUUUGUAGUUUUUCGGUUUUGAACUUUCCCAGGGUAUGUGGGCAUGGGUUAGGGAGGAGAAGCCCACAGGACAAACUGGUUGUUAGUUCUUCUCAGUUACACAAGAGUUGAUGAGAUACAGUUCUUUGAUAUCAGUUAACAUUUUAUGUUCAUAGAUCUGGCUCAGCACAGCCAGUUGGAGCCAGAUGUCAUUCCCUGUUUUUUUAUAUGCGUGGAUUUUAAGAUGCAUUGUGAACCACUUCAUUUAGAAGUGCUACACACCUUUUAUUUUGUAGUAUGAGCUGCAGCUAUUCAGUGUGUAGCCUGACUUAAGUAAUUUUAAUUUUUCCUCCUGUUUCUUUGACUUUACUGCUUGCUUUCAUCCCUCAGCAAUUAUUUGCUAUAAUCUUUGCUGUAUGAUUUAGCAAAUUAUUUAGUGUAUAGAUUGACACACAAUAUUGACAGAACUGAUGUGGUGUUUUGAAUUAAAGGGAUCAUGACAACAUCUUUUUGAGAGAAUCAUGAGGAGGUGAAACUGAGAAUUGUAAGUCAGUUUCCAAUAGAACUCCUUGCAUUUUUAAUUCACUUAGAGUCUCAUGAAAUCAUUCUGUGGCUCUUCUUUUGAAUAAUUUACAGUCAAUUUAUUGAGAAUAGUUUUAUAAAUUACAUGAAAUUUUGGAGGAACCUUUAAGCCAUUAUAUUUUUAAUAUUAUUUAGCCAUUAAAAACUUCUUGUGGAUGAUGCAUGUUCUGUAAUGUAACAGGGGUGUCUGUCAACAGUUGAGUUCAAACAGGCACUGUGUGUCAGUAUAUACACUUUUAGAACUUAAAUUACAGUUGCUCUAUUUGCCAUUAAAGCACAUUUCUCAUUUGUCUGCUUGACUUGAUUUUUGUUUUCCCUUCUCCCUGACUUUAUUUUAGUCCUUAAGCUCUGUGUUAGCUUCAUCCAGAAAAGAAAUCGAACAAAUGUCAGACAAGCUGAGGGCUUUGAUAUCAGAAAAAGAGACUUUGGCACAGGAGGGGAAUACUUUAAAAUUAGAGAGAGGUCCCUUGUUAUCAAAACUUAAAGAAUUGGAAUCAAAGAUUUCCUUAAUGCAACAAGACCAAGAAGAGCUGAAGGCAGAAAAUGAAAGAAUCCUAAAGCAGAAGGAAGAAGCUGAGGCCAGAAGCCAGCAGGAGAGCACAGAAAAGGGAGCACUGGUCUCUGAGAAAAGCAAAUUACUCUCUGAACUCGAGGCAGUGCAGGCACAGCUGCUGAAGGUGGCUCAGGAAAAUGAGGCUCUCCGGUCCUUGGAGUUAAUCUUGUUCCAAAGGCUGGAGGAACUUCAGGCCAGCAAAGAUGCCAUGGAUUUGGCGUGUCAGAAACGUGACAGAGAAUGGGAAGAGCUGGAGAAUUACCAGAAGAGACUUUUGGAAGAGAAAGAUGCAGUUCUAAAAGACAAAGAUGAUGUUAUCCAGAAGCUGGGAAGUUCUUGUGAGGCCCUGGCCAGAGAGCAAAGGGAGCUCCAGCAACAAGUGUCAGCUCUGGCUGCAGAGAGAGAUUCAGCCCUAGGGGAGCUCUUGGCUCUUCAAGACAGACACAAAGCCCUGGAAGAGGAGCUGGGCAGGGUCUUGCAAGGCCUGCAGGAGGAGAAGGAGAUGCUCCUCAAAGGCACAGAGAAGCUGCAAGUGAGUUUAGACAAGGCAGUCAGUGAAAACCAAGUGUUAAAAGUGAGAGGAGAGGAGAUGCAAACCCAGCUCACCAAAGCGAUGAAAGACACCGUGGAGCUGCAGAAUUCCCUUGAGAACCUCACUUGUCUUCUUGAGGAAAUGAAAGCCUCAAGAGAGACACUCAGUUUGGAAUGUAAGCAGUUACAUCAAGAGAAAGAGGCUCUUUCCUCAUCAGAACAAAGGCUUUUGGCUGAAAAGGAGCAGCUUCUCAAUGAAAAUCAGGCAACUGCUGAGAAGCUUGCGAAGGCCUCAGCAGAUGCUGAGCUUUGUGAGAGAAUCUGCACUGAGAAAAUGAACAAGCUGACCUUGGAGAAGGAAUCUGUCCUUCAGAAGUCGUUGCAGUUUGAAAAGCACAAUGAAGCUCUUCUCCAAGAGAAGAAGGAACUGGAGACAAAAUACUUGGAGCUUCUUGAUGCAAACAAGUCUUGUGCAAAGGCAGUUUCUGAUCUGAAGAGAGAACGUGAGCUGGACCUCUCAUCCAGGAAUGCUCUGGCUCAAGAGAAUGCCACACUCCGAGAUUCCAUUGAAGCCCUGAAGGGAGAACUCGGUAAGAAGACUGUAGAAAAUCAAGAAUUAAUGGCCUGUAAAUGUGACCUUUCCAAUCUUCUGAAGGAGGCCCAGGAUGCCAAACGAGCAUUAGAAGUUGCGCUGGCUGCUGCAUCACACACCGAGCGGGUCCUGUCAUCUUCCUUGGACGCUUGCUCCAUUGCCAGGGAGAGGGAUGAGCUGCAGGAGGAGUGUCAGAAAUUAAACAGAGAGGUUGCUCUUAUGAAAGAAACCUUAACCAUGGAAAAGGAAGCUCGAAAACUGGAUGAGAAAUCAUUUCUGUUGGGACGUACAGAACUUCAAAAGAACAUCUGCUGCUUAGAGAAUGAGCUAGGAGAGCUGAGAGAGAAAAAUAAAAUUCUGGCUGAGAAAGCACUUUUCAUUCAGGAGAAAGAAAAAUGUAAAAUGAAACUGGUGGAAAUAAUGAGUGAGGAAAAAGUCCUCAGUGCAAAGAAAGAGCAGGUCACUGCCAGCAUGGAGCGACUGAGGAAUGCCUUUGCUUCCGUGACCAAAUCAGCAGCAGAAUUCCGGGGUGUGCACAGCUGCAUUGCCAGGAAGAUGGAUGUGCUUCAACACGAGAUGGAGCUGAUGGAGAAGGAGGGAGCUGAGUACCUUCAGGAUCUGGACAGCCUGAGGAACGAGCAGAAAAGUCUGCUCAUCAGUCUGAAGGGACUAUUGAAUAAGAUGGGGAAAUUCUUCCAGGAUUAUUACAGACUCUGUGAUGAGGUUAAACUUUUAGAAAAAACUAACAGUGACCUCUCAGACAAAUUGCUGGAGUCUCAGGGCCAAAAUCAGAUGCUGCAGGAGCAAAUGAACAAUCUGAUUUUGAAAGUAAAAGAAAUUGAGACUCUCCAGGCCCAAGCAGUAGUACAGGAACCAGAGGUAUUUAAAUUCAAAGUUAAAAGUCAAGUCUGCGUCUGGUUUUACUAAUCCUGAGCACUAAUCCCUGGUGUCCUCUCUGCACUUCACUGCACUCUCAGCACUUCAUAACACACUGCAGCUGUGGGCUCUCUCAAUAUGGUACUUGGGGGUUGUUGCAAGUUGCAACUGUGAGUC